CCGAGCCCCGCCGCCCCCCCCCGACCCCUCCCCAACCCGACCCCCCCAUCCCCCCCUUCCCCGGCCCCGCUCCGCGCUGGCGCAGAGACCCGGGCCCGGCUCGGCGCUGAGGAUGUCCCGGAAGGCGCAGCGGGCGGAGGUGUGCGCGGACUGCAGUGCCGCAGACCCGGGCUGGGCCUCCAUCAACCGCGGUGUGCUCAUCUGCGACGAGUGCUGCAGCGUGCACCGCAGCCUGGGCCGCCACAUCUCCAUCGUCAAGCACCUGCGGCACAGCCCCUGGCCCGCCACGCUGCUGCAGAUGGUGCACACCUUGGCCAGCAAUGGGGCCAACUCCAUCUGGGAGCACUCGCUGCUGGACCCGGCGCAGGUGCAGAGCGGGCGCAGGAAGGCAAAUCCCCAGGAUAAAGUGCACCCCACCAAGUCAGAGUUCAUCCGCGCCAAGUACCAGAUGUUGGCCUUCGUGCACAAGCUGCCGUGCCGGGAUGAUGAUGGUGUCACCGCCAAGGACCUCAGCAAGCAAUUGCACUCCAGCGUGCGGACGGGCAACCUGGAGACGUGUCUGCGGCUGCUCUCACUGGGGGCUCAGGCCAAUUUCUUCCACCCGGAGAAGGGCACCACACCGCUGCACGUGGCUGCCAAGGCAGGGCAGAUCCUGCAGGCAGAGCUGCUGGUGGUGUACGGUGCUGACCCUGGUGCGCCCGACGUCAAUGGGAGGACACCCAUCGACUACGCCAGGCAGGCGGCCCAGCACGAGCUGGCAGAGCGGCUGGUGGAGUGCCAGUAUGAGCUGACCGACCGGCUGGCCUUCUACCUGUGCGGCAGGAAGCCGGACCACAAGAACGGGCACUACAUCAUCCCGCAGAUGGCAGACAGGGUGCGCCCCAAGUGCAUGGCACAGAGCCUGGACCUGUCUGAGCUGGCCAAGGCAGCCAAGAAGAAGCUGCAAGCGCUCAGCAACCGCCUGUUUGAGGAGCUGGCCAUGGAUGUGUACGACGAGGUGGAUCGGCGCGAGAACGACGCGGUGUGGCUGACAACGCAGAACCACAGCACGUUGGUGACCGAGCGCAGCGCCGUCCCCUUCCUCCCUGUCAACCCCGAGUACUCGGCCACCCGCAACCAGGGCCGGCAGAAGUUGGCCAGGUUCAACGCCCGCGAGUUUGCCACGCUGCUCAUCGAUAUCCUGGGGGAAGCCAAGCGCCGGCAGCAGGGAAAGAGCCCGCUCAGCCCCACGGACGCCCUCGACUAUUCACUGAGGAGCCAGAGUGACGUGGACGACCAGCACGACUACGACAGCGUCGCCUCCGACGAGGACACGGACCAGGAGCUGCUGCGCAACGCGUCCCGCAACAACCGCGCACGGAGCAUGGACUCCUCCGACCUGUCGGACGGCCCCAUCACGCUGCAGGAGUACCUGGAGGUGAAGAAAGCCCUGGCUGCUUCUGAGGCCAAAGUGCAGCAGCUGAUGAAGGUGAACAACAGCCUGAGCGAUGAGCUGCGCCGGCUGCAGCGCGAGAUCCACAAGCUGCAAUCAGAGAACACACAGAUCCGGCAGCAGGCGGUGCCCCCACACCCCAGCCCAGCCCCCAGCGAGCGCCCCGAACACGGGCACCCCCCCGGCACGGCCCCCCUGCACCGCCGUGACCGCCAGGCCUUCUCCAUGUACGAGCCGGGCUCGGUGCUGAAACCCUUUGGGCAGCCGGUGGAGGAGCUGGUGACUCGGCUGCAGCCCUUUGGAGGCGGCGAGGUGGAGGACGAAGCUCUGUACUCCAUGCACAUCCCGGCCAGCGUGUACCGGAUGCGGAAAGGUCCGUCGGUCUCCUCCAUGCCCUUUCCCCCGUCCUCCCCGCUGCUCUCCUGCCCACCCGAUGGUGCCCGGCACAUGAGCAAACUGGACCGGCACGGCAGCGGCACCGACAGCGACUAUGAUAACACACAGACGGGCGAGAUCCUGCUGGGUGUGGAGGGGAAGCGCUUCGUGGAGCUGAGCAAGGACGAGGACUUCCCACAUGAGCUGGACCCGCUGGACGGGGAGCUGGACCCUGGGCUGCCCAGCACGGAGGACGUGAUCCUGAAAACCGAGCAGGUCACCAAGAACAUCCAGGAGCUGCUGAGGGCUGCGCAGGAGUCCAAGCACGACAGCUUCGUGCCGUGCUCGGAGAAGAUCCACUCAGCGGUGACGGAGAUGGCAUCGCUCUUCCCCAAGAAACCGGCGCUGGAGACGGUGCGGAGCUCCCUGCGGCUGCUGAACGCCAGCGCGUACCGGCUGCAGAGCGAGUGCCGCAAAACCGUGCCGCCGGAGCCGGGCGCAGCCGUGGACUAUCAGCUGCUGACACAGCAGGUCAUCCAGUGCGCAUACGACAUCGCCAAGGCGGCCAAGCAGCUGGUCACCAUCACCACCCGCGAGAAGAAGCAGUGAGUCCAACACGGGCUCUGCUCUGCGUGUCCUCCCUCUGGUUUGGGCUGAGCGCGGUGGCUGUGGCAGCAGAGCUGGUGCUCGGCCCUGGGGAGCUGCCUUGUACAGCAGCAGCCCAAGCCUGCUCCUACCUUACCCAGUACACAACGUGUGCCAGCCAAAUGGGGUGGCCACGUUCUCCUUCCCCCCUCCCCGCGGCCGCGCUCCCCCAGGGCCGCCCGCAGCAUUACACUGGACAGGGGAUGCCUGGAGGCCUUCCCCCCCUUUUCUCCCCUCCUGGGCGUCCUGCCCCGCGCCGCGCUCCCUCCUGUAAGAUGUGUCCUUGUACAUUUGUAUCAAUAAAGAUGUGAGCGUUGCACGGC